CAUUAUAGAGAUUUGUGGGGACACUCUUCCGAACUGUUUAUGGAAAAAGUAAUAUCAGCUCUCUUAGUACAAAUAAACUAUACUACGGCAUACAGUACUUCGUUUAUGGCACACUGCCGAGAGAAGCAGAUACAACCAGUUGAAAUGACUCUGAAAACACCGGAGGAGCCACAUGCUUUCAUGAAUCGUAAUCCCCCCUUGGAUGUGCCCUUCUCAUGCUCGAUUAAAUACCCAACGCCAUCCAAGCAAAAUGUGUUCCCAAAUCGAUUCUUAUCUCCAAAUCUCAACCUAUAAUGAAUUGAUAUCACAUUCACUCUCACCAGAACUUCACAUGCACUUAACAUCACCUUGAUCUUUAUGUAGAUUGGAAGAAGAGGAAAAAAUUUCAUGCCACUUAAGCAUGCACUGAAAGUACCAAAAACAAGAUGACGAGUUUUUUUAUUGAUUGGGCAAAGAAAUGUUUGGAGAAGUUGAUAAACAGGGCAAUAGCAGAAGCACGUUUUGUAGUUUGCUUCACAUGCAUUGCUAAGGAAUUUGAAAAAGAAAGGGCUGGGUUGGAAGUAGAAAGGAUAACUUUGGAACAACGUACUGAAGUGGCAAUAAGAAGAAAUAAAGACAUUCAAGCUAAUGUUGGUGUUUGGAAAGAGGACGUUGAUAGGCUCAUUAAAGAGAACGCCAAAAUAAAACCAACAUGUUUCUUAGGAUUUUGUCCUGAUUGCAUAGGUCGAUAUAAAAAGGGAAAAGAGUUGGCAAACAAUACGGAGGAGAUUAAACGGCUAAUAGAAAAGGGCGAGAAAUUUGGAAAUAUUGAACUCCCUCGUCGUCUUCCAGAUGUUGAACGCUAUUCAUCACAAGAUUACAUUUCUUUUAAAAGUAGAGAGUCUGAAUACAAAGAACUGCUGGACACUCUAAAAGAUGACAACAACUAUAUAACACAAUUGCAAGGGAUGGGUGGCACCGGAAAAACUACUUUGGCCAAAAAUGUGGGUAAAGAACUAAAGGAAUAUGGACAAUUCAUUCAUGUAAUUGAUACAACAGUGUCGUUUACUCCUGAUAUAAAAAAGAUUCAAGAUGAUAUUGCUGGACCUCUGGGAUUGGAAUGGGAGGGUUGUAAUGAAUCAGAUCGAGCCGGGAAGCUAUGGGACAGAUUAACAAAUGGUGAGAAAAUUCUUCUGAUAAUGGAUGAUGUGUGGGAUCAACACCCAUUUCUUGAUUUUGAUGCAAUAGGGAUUCCUAAACGGGACCAACACAAAGGUUGUAGAGUUCUUGUAACUACACGCAGUAAACAACUCAUGAACAAAAUGAAUUUUGAUAAGAGUGUUGAAUUGAAAUUGUUAUCUGAAGAUGAUGCGUGGAUUAUGUUCAAAAGGUAUGCCAAUAUAAGCAAUAGUUCCUCAAAAAAUGUGAUUGGUAAGGGACGUAAAAUUGCAAAGGAAUGUAAGCAAUUACCAGUUGCAAUUGCAGUUACUGCCAGCACUUUAAAAGGCCAACAACAUCGAGUGCAUGAAUGGGAUGUCAGAUUAAAAGCCUUGAAGAAGCCUGUAUCCGUGCAUGGUGUUGAUGAUGAUAUGGUUGGAAUUUAUAAAUGUUUGAAGUAUAGCUAUGACUAUAUGAAAGAUGAAAAAGCCAAGGAAUUGUUCCUCCUAUGUUCUGUAUUCCGAGAGGAUGAAGAAAUUUCUAUUGAAUUUCUAACCAGACUUAGCAUAGGAGCGGGUCUUUUCGGGGAAGAUUGUGACUUCUACAAUGAGGCUCGAGACCUAGUAGCUGUAUCAAAAAAUAAACUCCUAGAUUCUUGUUUAUUGUUGGAGGUCGACGGGAAUCGUGUAAAAAUGCAUGAUUUGGUUCGUGAUGUGGCUCAAUGGAUAGCGAAGAAAGAGAUUCAAGCAGUAAAUUUGUCUAACAGAAAUCAAAAGUCGUUGGAUGAAAGGGAAGCAAAUAUUAAAUAUUUAUUAUGUGAAGGGAGCGACAUGGAUUUGUUUUCUUGUAAGUUUGAUGGUUCCAAACUUGAGACUCUAAUUCUCAAUGUGCAUGGAGAUGAAGACCACGGAUGUAUGGAAGUCCCAAAUUCAUUCUUUGAAAAUAUUGUCAAGCUUCGAGUUUUGGUUCUUUUAAGUAACAAUGAACGAUCACUAUCACUACCUAAUUCAAUUCAAUCGUUAACGAAUAUUCGAUCUUUGAUGGUUCAUAUGGUGGACUUAGGUGACAUCUCUGUUUUGGGAAACCUACAAAGUCUUGAGAGUCUUGAUUUGUCUCAAUGCAAAAUCAAUGAAUUGCCAAGCGAAAUUGCAGAACUACAGAAAUUGAAAUUGUUGAACUUGGAAGAUUGUGAAAUUAGAAUGAAUAAUCCAUUUACCGUUAUUGAAAGCUGCUCAUCACUUGAAGAGUUGUAUUUCUCAAAUAGUUUUAAUGGUUUUUGUCAAGUAUUAACCUUACCUGAGCUGCAAAGAUAUCAUAUUCAUAAUGAGUGGGAUGACAUGGAUGAUUCACUAUCAAAAUAUGUGGUUUUUCGCGGGGAUGAUGAUACGGAUUAUUUUUCAAACGAAGCAUUCAAGUAUUUUAUGCAAACAGCAAAUGAUCUUCGACUAAGUGGAAUUAAGAGGAUGUGGAGAAAUAUCAUGCCUGAGAUUGUUCCUAUAGAUCAUGGUAUGAAUGAUCUAAUUGUGCUUAAAUUGGAAGAUGAUUCACAACUGCAGUUCCUCAUAGACAAUAAACACACUGGUUCUCAAGUAACAGAUGUUUUCUCCAAGUUGGUUAAACUAGAAUUGUGUGAAAUGGAGAAAUUGGAAGAAUUAUGCAAUGGUCCCAUAUUCCUUGACUUUAUGGCCAAUUUAGAGAAGAUAUCUAUCGAUCAUUGUGAAAAUUUGCGAAGCUUGUUUAAAUGCAGCCUAAAUCUCUGCAGUCUAAAGACUGUGAAACUAAAAUCAUGCUCAGCGUUAGUUUCUGUUUUUGAACUGUCAACUUCUCAAAGCUUGCCAUUGUUGGAGAAUUUGAAAAUAAGUGAUUGUGAGAAAUUGGAAAACAUAAUUUCAUUUGAAAGGAGAGCGGAUGACACGAUUGAAGAAAUAGUUGAUGGUGAUAAUGAUGACAAGAGUUGCUACUCAAUGUUUCCAAAGCUGAAAGUUCUUAAAAUUGACAGAUGUCCCAAAUUACAAUUUAUACUUCCAUUUAUCUCUGUUCAAGAUUUUUUGUUACUAGAAGUUAUUAAAAUAAUUCGUUGUCACGAGCUGAAAUACAUAUUUAGCCAACACCAAGAUGUCAAACUCACUUCACUAAAACAAGUGGGGAUUGGUGGUCUGCCAAAUUUCAUCGACAUAUGUCCAGCCAUGCCUUCAUCCAUUUCCAAAGAUGGUUCUAAGCCACAAACACAACGGGACCCUAUCAAAAGCAAUAUAUUCUCUUGGAGUACUAAUAUGUGUUGUUAUAAAUACAAAUUGAGUACCAAAAUUCCGUUGGUCUCUGAGGAUCAACCGCAAGGCUGCUCAAUCUCAUUGGAACCAAAUCCAUAUUUCCUUAACAUAUGGGAACGUGCUCAAUGUCUUUCAAGACAUUCACAUUUCUUGUGCAAUGUUAAAGUGAUUGGACUGUAUGCUAUUUCAAAGAUAAAAUCAGUAUUUAUCCUGUCUAGUGCCCCAAUAAUGUUGGAAACUUUAACAAUUGAAAAGUGUGAUGAAUUGAAGCACAUAGUAAUAGACACGGGAGAUCAUGAUAGUACUUGUGGCAAUAAUUUGGGUAAUGUCUUCCAAAAAUUGAAAGAACUUUCCGUUGAAGAUUGCAUUCAAUUGGAAUACAUAUUUGGACACUACACUGAUGAUCAUCAAAACCACGGUGAGAUUAACCUUAAUCUCCCGGCAUUGGAAGUUCUCGACUUUCAAAAUCUGCAAAGUUUUAUGGCCAUGUCUCCCAAACAAUGUCGUACAACAUUUCCAACAUUGGCAAGGUUUAACCUCAUUGAAUGUUCUCGAGCCACUAUCAAAUCUAUUGGUGAUUUCCUGACUCAUCAUUCAGUAACAGAAUUUGUGGACAAUACAAUCAUAAAGGAAGUGAGCCGCAACAUGGAGCAUUCUCUCGCCUUGGAAAAGCUUUGCGUGCUUAAUUCCAAAGUAGAAAAUAUCUUUUUACUCGAUGAAGAAAAUGGACAACAAUUAAACUUCGGGUUGCAAGAAAUUGAGUUGUGUAAUCUGCCUGAGAUGAUCUGUCUUUUUGUUGGUCCCAAAAAUACAUUUGCUCUCACAAACCUUACAUGGAUAGAAAUUGUGCAAUGUGAAAAGCUGGAAAUACUUUUCUCUGUUUCUACUUUAAGAUGUCUACCACAAUUGUUUAAAAUAAGAAUAGAAGAAUGCGGAGAGUUGAAGUAUAUCAUUGAAGAUGAUUUGGUGAAUAAAAAAUCCUCAAACACAUGCUUCCCAAAGCUAAAAUCGCUGGCUAUAGUCAAAUGCAACAAGUUGAAAUGCAUCUUUCCCAUAUCCAUAGGUAAAGAGCUUCCUGGGCUAAAGGCUUUAAUAAUAAGAGAAGCAGGUGAGCUGAAAGAUAUAUUCAAAGGAGAAGUUGAGAUUCCAAAUCUGAAUUAUGUAGUAUUUGUCAACCUACCAAGCCUCUUCCAUGCACAAGGAAUUCAAUUUCAGGCUGUAAAUUAUCGUUUUGUACAGAAUUGUCAAGAACUCUCUAUGACCUCAACAUCCACGAAUGAGCCUAUUGAUUAUGACUUAGAUUAUAAAAUGCGUGAAGAUUUGGGGAUUCUAUUUGAAAAAACACAACUAGUGUCCGAAGGCAUUGUUGCUGAAAUUGAAGUUGAAGCAGCAUCAAGACAAGAGUUGAAAUCUUUACAGGAAUUGAUAAAUGAACAAUCAAUGGACCUACAACAUCCUCUUGGAGAAACUGAUGCUACUGUCAAACCUUCUGAGUUGGAGGGUUCUACCAUAUCAGAAAAAACUGUAGCAGAAAAUUUGUCCACCGUUUCAGAAACAAAGAAUGAGUCACCUAUACAAAAGGGUAUCGAGAUAAGUGUUGAAGAAGUAACUAAAUCAACAACUGAUGUGACGGCAAAAACAUCAUCAACUCCAUUAGAGUUAGAUAUUGAGAUCAGUGUUGAACAAGGAGCUACAUCAAUUAAAUCCAAGACAAUAGCGUCAUCAACUCAAUUGGUAAAUCCAUCAUCAGAUCCAAUAGUUACUUCUGAGCAAAAAAGUUCUUUACAUGAGUUGGUAAAUGAAAAAUCAAUGGACCAACAAGGUCCUCUUAGAGAAACUGAUGCUACUGUCAAACCUUCUGAGAUAAAUAAUUUGGAGGGUUCUACUAUAUCAGAAAAAACUGUAGCAGAAAAUUUGUCCACCAUUUCAGAAACAAAGAAUGAGUCACCUGUACAAAAGGGUAUCGAGAUAAGUGUUGAAAAAGUAACUAAAUCAACAACUGACGUGAAGGCAAAAACAUCAUCAACUCCUUUAGAGUUAGGUAUCGAGAUAUGUGUUGAAGAAGGAACUACUUUGAAAGAUGCCAAGACAAAAUCAUCCUCAUCUUCCCAUGAAGAUGGUGAUAGCCAAAUAGUCUUGAAUUCUAUUUCCAUUGCAACGACCGAAACCAAUGAUCAAGUUUCUUUAAAUGAUGAUGUUGCCGUGAAAGUAAGCUCAAUUGUUGAGCAACAAUUUUCUAAGGAAGAUGAUAAAAUAGUUUCAAAAACAAGACCCUUUUCUAUUGCAUCUCAGUUUCCUUCAAUGCCUUCUAAAGGUGACCCUUCUCAAAAAGUAGAGGAGUUAAGUUCUUCUUUGCUUGUCACAAGGGAGCUUGAACAACUAGUCUCCAAGAAACAUCUGGAUUAUGAGAACUUGUCUUUGUUAACUGAUUUUCUUGUUAAGCAUCCUUCUGUUCUUUUAAGGGACACUUCACUUAGUAACAGAUACAAGGGUUAUGCUUAUAACUGUCUAGCUGAGCUACUAAAAUUCCUCCAAACCCAUAGUGUUUUGGAUGUGUUAGGUUCAAGCCACACUGAAUUUAUUGAGUUAUUACAAGAUGUCCGCAAAUGUGGUUUUGCUAAGGAAUGGUUGGAUGUUGUCGAAAAGCGCGUUUUGUUUCCUGGGUUACAUGUCUCUCAAGAUGCAUUGCAAAAACUGUGGAACUCAAAUCACAUAUUGACUCAACAAGUAGAGGAUCUAAAGCAACAAUUGGCUUCCUCUAAAGCUGUUUUAGAGAGUAUCAUUCAACAGGACCCACAAAUUUUAGAAACCUCUGCUUCUUUAAGUGAUCCUAUUGGCUAUUAGACUGUUUCCUACAUUUCUUUCAAUGCCAAAAUUACUGUUGGAGUUUUUAUUGAUUUGGUUAUUUAUGUUUAAAUCAUUAUUUGAAUCAUUGUCUUAUCUCUGCACUCUUUUUCCCUUCCUUCAUCAAGGUUUUAUCCCAUUGGGUUUUACUUGAUAAGGUUUACAAUGAGGCAGCAAGUUCUCUUA